CGGGUAUGUAAAGCUUGCGGCGUGUUACUGCUGGAGGGGUUCGAUGCUGCGACAACGCAACAUACCUACUGUUAUACAGAGUGACCGGUACGUCGCUGUCAUUGUGUUUACAUACAACGAGCGCACCAAAUGCUGUUGUACUGAUCACCAGCUCAGGCCUGAGGCCAACCUCGGCGCGGCGGCCCGGGGCUCCGCGCUACCUGAGUGCGCCACAACCUGGCCACAACAAGCCACAACUUGAACGUAACGUAGCAACCACGGUCCACAACAACUUGAAUUGGAACAAGCAGUAUAUCUACAGCGCUUCCAGCAAUCAAUAAAGAACCUCCUCCGAGGUCUUGGUUUGAGGUGAGUACGCACCUACUGUAUGGACGGGCAGAAGCGAGCCACCGUGGCUGAAAGCCUGAGCGCGGCAUGGAUCCGGGCAGCGCGAACAGCCUUCAUGGCUUUGCUGGCGGACAGUGCACAUUCGUCCAGCCAUUUCGCUGUUGCCGCGAUUAAGCACAGCGGUGCUACCCGGGCCUCCAAGCCUCGUAUCACUGUCCUUGACCUUCCACCGGAGAUCCUCAUCAUCAUCAUCGACUAUGCGAGCCAUGCUGUCUGUCAUCCACAGAUACAACAAGGUCACGCUUUUGGAAUUCAUAUCGCUGCUCUGCCGCCGUACGACGAUCCGAAUCCCCGAUACCCCUUCCCGGAAUGUUUUGCGUCUGUCUCUCCUUUGUGGCGGGAGGCGAUGUCUAUCUCCUCGGUUUUUUGGCCGCACUUUGUCAUAUGGAUCGGCAGAGAUCCAACCCCACUGCCUAGAAUCCGCGAGUACCUUGCUUGGUCGCGGGACCGCCCCCUCCACAUCUACAUCUUGCGCAGGCUCGACCCGUCCGCGUCUCUACAGGCUCCCUGGGAGAGGGCACAGGUGAAGGCCGUCAUCAGAGUGCUUCUGCCAUCGAUCAGGCGGUGGGAGACCUUGUGUAUGAAGGUCCUGCGUGCGAGCUCAAUCCCGCUUCCGUGUCUCGACCUCGUGGGGCGCGCAGACAUGCUCGAGACGCUUGUUCUAGAUUUCUUGAUAGACGAUCUAGUCUAUCGCGAGGAAAUGGACUCACACCUGGCCGGUGCGCUCCACACUCCCGCGUUGAAGAAAUUAUCCAUGGGUGGUGUUCACUUCCGCUGGUUGUUUGUCGGACCCUUCCCCCUCCUAGCCAUGCCACCCAACCUCACCUUCCUUUCCAUCGCGGGCUACAGCCGACAUGACGCGCCCUUCCUCGUUUUCGACCUGCUCACUUGUCUCAGGAGCUGUUGGAGCCUGCGUGGUCUCACAUUGGACAAUCUCCAUCUCCUUUGUUGGGAAUCGCACGGCGAAAUCUUCGACAUGCAGCACUGGCAGGCCGACGUUCACUUCAUCGACAUGGACGCCAGCGUCAUCGCAGAAUAUAGCCGGCUUCUCGGUCAUCCCUGCGUUGAGCGGAUGUCGUACACGCGUUGCUGGGCCCCUGCUGGGUUCCAUGAACUCAGGUUGCCGGAAUCUGACUGCGUCAAGCUGGAAGAAAUCCACGAUGCCACGACGCUUCUCACCCUCUUCACCACCGUUCCGUACGACAGUCAAUUCCGGGAUGCGUGGUUCAAAAACUGCGAUGGUCUAACCACGGACAUAAUGAACAAGCUCGCGGGGCGCGUGCGGAUUGCUGGGCCAGAAGCGGAAAACCCUUGGUUCUACCUGUGCCCGUACCUCGAGGCGCUGACGAUCGAAGGGUGCAAGCAGUUCAGCAGCACGGACGUGCGUGUGGUAUUUGAGAUGCGGCUCAAAUUACAUGAAGAAACGGGAUUUGUAGGUCCAGACGAUCCGGGAUUUCUCGUGUUGUCGCUGCAGUAUUUGAAUGUUCGCGAUUGCUGCGACCUUGCGCCCGAAGACAAGGAGUGGUUCCACGCGAACGUUCGACUAGUUGUCUGGGAUGACUGGGUAGGAGGAUAUGGAUUUACCGCGUAAGAGGUGAUCUCUUCGAUGCGUAGUAGACAUGUGCCCACUUCAGCAUGAUCGCUCAUGCGAUCACGGUUCGGAUGCCGCUUGGAAGUAAUAUUAUAAUAAUAGGUAUUUACUAUUCAUCCAUAGUAUACCUAGGCCUGACACCGUGACGCACGUAUCCCACAGUGUACAUUACGUACAUAUAUAGUUUAACACUGAGACUGCUACUGAAGUAUUCAUAUUCAUUUCCGAGCUACGCCGUGUUGUCGC